AUGGAUGAUAGUUUGUUGUUUUGCAGGGCCACUAUAGAGGAGUGCCAAAGAGUUCUGGACAUAUUGGAAGUUUAUGGGAGAUGUUCAGGCCAGCAGAUUAACCGAAGCAAGACGACAAUCUUCUUCAGUAAAUCUACAAGGGAUGACAUCAGAAAUCAGAUAAAGUUGGCAUUGGGGGUUCCAGAAAUUGUUCAAUAUGAGAGAUACUUGGGAUUACUGUCACUGGUGGGCAUAAACAAAAAAGCAAGCUUCAACUAUAUAAAGGAACGAGUCUGGAAAAAAUUACAGGGAUGGAAGGAGAAACUCCUCUCACAGGCUGGAAGAGAAAUCUUAAUCAAAGCAGUUGUCCAAGCAAUCCCUACCUACACUAUGAGCUGCUUCAAACUUCCUUUGGGUCUUUGUUCAGAGAUUGAGAGCCUGAUACGAAGAUUUUGCAUUUGGGAGGCACAAGAAUCUAGCACCGGUUCACAUGCUUGGAAUAGCAUCUUAAAGGGCAGAGAUGUGCUUCUUAAGGGUGCAAGAUGGAGGAUUGGUUGUGGACAGGCAGUUAGCAUAUGGAACGAUGCAUGGCUACCAUCAGUGGAGCAUCCAAGAGUAUUAUCUGAUAUCGUUCCAGGCUUUGAAGAGGGGAGAGUCUCUGACCUCAUCAACCCACUCACAAGAACAUGGGACUUACAUUUAGUACACGGAAUUUUGUCUCCAGAAGAAGCUGCUCUAGUUCUUAGCAUUCCUUUAAGCCAUACUCCGGUGGAGGAUAAGAUCAUUUGGCCCUUUACCCCCUCAGGUUCCUACAGCCAACUAGCAGCAGCAAAGUGGCUUGUGGAAGCAGAUUUGGAGCCUUAA